CGUGGUUAGAGGGCUAUCGACCGAAAGAGCAGGAGUGUUUUUUUACUGCUUCACCGACAGGAUGGACUAAUGACGAGCUCGGAUUGAGGUGGUUGGAGACCGUUUUUGACCGUUCUACUAAAACCAAAGCUAGUCGAGCUUGGAGGCUUCUUAUCGUCGAUGGCCAUGGCUCCCAUAUCAAUAUGCCUUUUUUGAAGUAUUGUAUAAGCAAUAAGAUCAUAUUAGCAACUAUCCUCCUCACUCUACGUAUAGAUUGCAGUCCCUCAACGUCUCCUUAUUCUCUCCUCUCGCCACGUAUUAGUCAAAAUCUCGACGACUUUUUAAGCCGAUCACAGGGCAUAUCGAAUAUUACAAAACGGAACUUUUUUGAGCUAUUCUGGCCCGCUUACCAGAAGGCUUUUACAGAGAAAAACAUUCUAGGGAGCUUUAAAAAAACAGGUAUCUCUCCAUAUAAUCCGAGUGAAGUGCUACAAGGAUUAGCAAAGCCGGAGAGGCAACCAGUUAGUCAAAUAGGCGGUAGACUAAGCUCAAGUGAAUCAGCUAAAUCAGUGUUAUCGGAGAAAGAUUGGAAACGUAUAGAGAAGAAACUAGAGACCGUUGUUUCUGAUAUAGAACUAAUGCACCCUGUCGUCGAAGAACAUGAAGGCGAAGUUUCAAUUUCUCUCUACCUCUAAUACUAUCCCCCAACAACAGAACUUCGGUUUAAUUAAGGCUCUUGAUGGCGAGAAGAAGCGACGUAAACGGCAGAAGCCUUUUUUACAACGAAUAAUUAGCAUAGAGGAUUGUGGCGCGGUGUUUUGGAGCCCUCAAAAAAUUACCCAAGCGCGCGAUUUCGUACGGCAAAAGGAGGAGGAUGAAGCUGCAGAAGAAGCUAGUAAAGUAAAUAAUAAGCUUCAGGAACAGCUACUUAGAGAGGAGAAAGAAGAACAAGCUAAAGAGCGCAAGAUUCAAUGACAAAAAGAUAAGGAGAGGGAG